GUUUGAAAACAUCAGGAGGAAUUGAAGGAUGAUUUGGGCGUCAGCGCUGAUCUUCAUCACCGCGCUCAGCUCCGGUGUGUGUGAUGACGGACACGAGAUGGAGGAGUUCCUCAAGAGGGAGUACACACUGUCCAAACCGUACCAGGAUGUGGGCGUGUCGGGCUCGUCUCAUUGGGAGCUGAUGGGAGACGCUCUGGUCUCCUCUGAUUAUGUUCGUCUGACUCCAGAUCAGCAGAGCAAACAGGGAGCCAUAUGGAGCCGCAUGCCUUGUCACCUGAGCGACUGGGAGCUGCAGGUCCACUUUAGGGUUCACGGUCAGGGAAAGAAGAACCUGAACGGUGAUGGUCUGGCCGUCUGGUACACUAAAGAGCGCAUGCAGAGAGGUCAGACAGAGCUGGGCGGCUGCAACGCCAUGGUGCGAAACCAGAAACACGAAACCUUCCUCUUCAUCAGAUACGUCCGGCGCCGACUCACGGUCAUGAUGGAUAUCGACGGGCAGCAUGAGUGGAGAGACUGUCUGGAUGUUCCUGGUGUUCGUCUGCCGCAGGGCUUUUACUUCGGGGCUUCAGCUGUCACAGGAGACCUUUCAGAUAAUCAUGACCUGAUCUCCAUGAAGCUCUACCAGCUGACGAUCCUGCGCAGCAAGCAGGAGGACGAGGAGCAGGAGGAGGUUCUGGUUCCCAGCGUGGACAACAUCGACCUGCUGAGGCCUCCCGUAGAUGAGGAGAGUGUGAGCAGCGUGGGCAUCUUCUUCAGCGUGCUCUUCACUCUGCUGGGGGUGUUUCUGCUGGUGGUGGUGGGACUGGUGCUGUAUGAACACUGGAGCGAGAGCCGCCGCAAGCGCUUCUACUGACACACACACACACACACACACAUGAAGAACUCCAGUCUGCACUAUUGGACAUGAAUAACACACACAGCUCUGUGCGCAGUGCAGGGUGUGUGUGUGUGUGUGUCAGAGCUGCUCUAUACAGAUGAACAGCAGUCGGACCGCAGUAUCCCAGCAGAGCUCAGCCGGGUGUUUCCCAUGAUCCUCUGCUCUCGCUGUGUGUGUGCCGGCCCCGUCACACAUGCUGUGUUUAUUACUGUUUAUUUAUUGUUCAGAAGCUGAUGAUGACUGAUUAAAGUGGAGCUGUUUGUA